ACCGCCGGCCUCCGCAGGGUCGCGGGAGCCGCGCGGCGGAUGGGAGGGGCCGGGGCGAAAGUUGCGGCCGCGGGAUCCGGGAUUCGGGGCAAUGGAGCCGGGCCCCGCCUUGUCCCCCGGGCCUUCCCGCUCCUUCAAGGAGGAGCUGCUCUGCGCCGUCUGCUACGACCCCUUCCGUGACGCCGUGACUCUGCGCUGCGGCCACAACUUCUGCCGCGGGUGCGUGACCCGCUGCUGGGAGGUGCAGGUGGCACCCACCUGCCCGGUGUGCAAGGACCGCGCGGCCCCCGCCGACCUGCGCACCAACCACACCCUCAAUAACCUCGUGGAGAAGCUGCUGCGCGAGGAGGCCGAGGGCGCGCGCUGGACCGGCCACCGCUCUCCGCGCCUCUGCCGCCUGCACCGCGGCCAGUUCAACCUCUUCUGUCUCGACGACAAAGAGCUGCUGUGCUGCUCGUGCCAGGCCGACCCCCGGCACCAGGGGCACCGCGUGCAGCCGGUGAAGGACACUGCCCACGACUUUCGGGCCAAGUGCAGGAACAUGGAACACGCGCUGCGGGAGAAAGCCAAGGCCUUCUGGGCCAUGCGGCGCUCCUACGAGGCCAUCGCCAAGCACAAUCAGGUGGAGGCUGCCUGGCUGGAAGGGCGAAUCCGGCAGGAGUUUGACAAGCUUCGAGAGUUCUUGAGAGUGGAGGAGCAGGCCAUCCUGGAUGCCAUGGCCGAGGAGGCCAGGCAGAAGCAGCUUCUGGCCGAGGAGAAGAUGAAGCGGCUGGCGGAAGACACGGAGGCCCUGGCCCAUGAGAUUGAGCGGCUGCAGAUGGAGAUGAAGGAGGACGACGUUUCCUUUCUCAUGAAACACAAGAGCCGAAAACGCCGCCUCUUCUGCACGAUGGAGCCGGAGCCUGUCCAACCUGGUAUGCUCAUCGACGUUUGCAAGUACCUGGACUCCCUGCAGUACCGAGUCUGGAGGAAGAUGCUCGUGUGUGUCGAAUCUGUGCCUUUCAGCUUUGAUCCCAACACUGCAGCUGGCUGGCUCUCCGUGUCAGACGACCUCACCAGUGUCACCAACCACGGCUACCGGGUCCAGGUAGAGAAUCCGGAGCGCUUCUCAUCAGCGCCCUGCCUGCUGGGCUCCUGCGUCUUGUCGCAGGGCUCGCAUGCCUGGGAGGUGGACCUGGGGGCACUGCCGAGCUGGCGCGUGGGCGUGGUGCGGACGCGUCAGGAUGCGGGCGCCGAGGGCCACUCGCACAGCUGCUACCACGACACGCGCUCGGGCUUCUGGUACGUGUGCCGCACGCAGGGCGUGGACGGCGACCACUGCGUGACCUCGGACCCCGCCACAUCGCCCCUGGUCCCGGCCAUCCCGCGCCGCCUGCGCGUGGAGUUGGAGUGCGAGGAGGGUGAGCUGUCCUUCUACGACGCGGAGCGCCACUGCCACCUGUACACCUUCCACGCCCGCUUCGGGGAGGUGCGGCCCUACUUCUACCUGGGCGGCUCGCGGGGGGACGGGCCCCCCGAGCCGCUGCGCAUCUGCCCCCUGCGCAUCACCGUCAAGGAGGAGCUGGAUGGCUGAAGCCCGCCCUGCCGGAUGCCGCCGGGUCUCGCGCCCCGGUCCCGUUUUCUUUCUGUCUCUUCCCAAAGGCACACUCGACUUGGUACCUCUCUGCCUCCCGCCUUCUUGCCAGGAUCUUACUAAUGGCCCUCCUUGUCCUUUAAUGUGGCUCCAGGCCACGUGCCUCCUCCCUCAGUUUUGGUCCCUUCUCUACCCACCUUUGAAAGUCAUCCAGGAGACACCUCCCUGAUUAGGCUUUUCCCAAAGUUGUGGCAUCCUCUGGAUGUGAAUUUUCUGAUUGACAUUCUAAGAUUGCAGGGGAUAAUGUUUGCUUCUAGAAUGGGUCUGUUUAAAAAUGUAAGUUUCAUCAUUUUCCGAGAGUGGUGAGGCCAGCAGACUGGAAGAGGACUGCUGUUGACAAGAGUUUGUUACUCACACAGUCCCCAGGA